AUGAUCUUUUAAAAACAAAUUUAGAUAAUUUAAAGUAUACAUCAUAACUUAUUAAAAUAUACUUUCAAAAGGAUAUAAAAUUAUUGGUAGCAAUUAGAGUUUUAAUAUUUUGGGUGUUAUAUUUAUCCAAAUGGUUUCAAGGAAAAUUUGAAUGAAGUUAUGAAAAAGAGCCUUGGCUUAAGAAAUAAUGACCUAAAAUCUAUUGUAGGAAUGCAUUAAACAAUAAUUACCGCCUAAACUGUGGGUUUUAAGGAAUACUCGAUUGCUAUAAAUAUAAUAAGAUAUUUAUCCAUCUGGAUAAAUGGGAUCAGGUUACCCUUCAGAUGCUCUGACAAGAGAGUUUCUCUCUAAAGUCAGCAUUCCUGUUUUUAUUUAUCCAUUACACUUUGA